GGCGUUCGCCUACGGCCUGCUGCCGGCCCCCUCUGAUUGCAGAAUCCGAGCAGAAGACUAAUUUCUUGCUUUCGCUGACUUCUGGAAUCGUCAGAACUGUAUUUGGCUCUUAUGAAGAAGGCCCGAUAAGAGUUUGGACCCUUCUUCCCCUAUCAGGAGCUUCAAGCUUUCGUGUGCCGCAACCAGAAACCUAACUGGGAAGACGUGUAUUGCCUGACUGACUGAUAUGUCAAACGUCAGAUUUCAGAUAGCCCAUUUUGGGCCGGUCAUAUAAACACCAGCCCUCGUCGCUACUCCUCCUUCUCCAGCUACCUACAUCGCCACCCCACCGCUUUCCGCAACAUGUCUAUCCGUCGGCGCCUCACCAGCCACCUCUCGGACUUCAAGUCUGAUGUCAAGGCAAAGGCUACCUCUCGCUCUGCCUGGAUUCUCCCCAAAGAAUCAAACUCGUUCGCACCUGAGGACACCUGGACCAACAAAGACAACGACGUCACCCCCCCUUCGCGUCGAACCUGGACCUCGUGGACCAUUCUCGGUUUCUGGUUUUCGGAUGCGUUGAACAUGCAGGGAUGGGAGAACCCGUCCUCCAUCAUCGCUAUCGGUUUGACCUGGCGUGAGGCCAUUCUCUGCAACUGCAUGGGUAUGGUCAUCGUUGCUAUUCCCCUCGUUCUCAAUGGUGCGAUUGGCUCUGCUCUCCAUGUCCCGUAUCCUGUUGCUGCGCGGUCCGGCUUUGGCUUCCACUUUGCCAAAUUCGCUGUCGUCGUCAGAAUGGUUACCGCGCUCUUCUGGCAUUCAAUUCAGACCUACUCUGGAUCGUUUGCCUUGACCAACUGCAUCUCUGCCAUCUGGCCUUCCUACCUGACCAUCCCGAACCACAUUCCGGAGAACAUCGGUGUGACCUCCCAGCAGCUCGCGUCGCAUACUCUGUUUUGGUUCAUUCAGUUGCCUAUCCUGCUUAUCCCCCCUCACAAACUAAAGUGGUUUUUUGCCUUCAAGACUGUCGUCGUUAUGGCGUCCUGUAUCGGCGUCGCGGCCGGAAUGACCCACCUUGCCAAGUCGCAUGGUGACAUGUGGGAUCAGAAAGCUACUAUUCAUGGAUCAGAGAAAUCAUGGAAGAUCCUGUCCUGCAUGAUGUCCUCGGCAGGUGGCUGGGCUACCAUGGCUACCAACAUUCCCGAUUUCACUCGCUAUAUGCGCGGCGGAAAGGGCCAGUACUGGCAGGGUCUGUUUUUGCCUGUGAUCUCCACUUUUGUUGGUAUCAUGGCUAUCAUCUCGACCUCUUGCGCUGGCGUUGUCUAUGGAGAGUACAUCUGGGAUCCGACUUCCCUUGCUGCAAAGUGGAACAGCCCUGCUGGUCGAGCUGCAAAGUUCUUUGUCGGAUUCUCGUGGGUCGUUGGCCAGAUCGGAACUAACCUUUCGGCGAACGUGAUUACUGCAGCAAACGAUAUGACGUCUUUGUUCCCCAAGUAUAUCAAUAUCCGUCGCGGUGCUCUCCUUGCUACCAUCAUCGGAGGUUGGGUUAUGCAGCCCUGGAAGAUUGAGAACUCGGCGUCCCAGCUGUUGACGUUCAUGUCUGGCCUCGCAGUCUUCCUUGCACCGGUUGCCGCCAUUCUCGCCGCGGACUGGUGGAUCGUCAAGCGUAAGCAUGUCGACGUACCUGCACUCUACAAUCCUCAUGGACGGUAUCAGUACUGGCACGGAAUCAACUGGCGGGCUGUUGUUACUUUCGUCAUUUCUUUGACCCCCAAUCUUCCCGGUCUGGCAAACAGCGUUACACCCUCGCUUGGCCUGUCAGGAGGUAUCGUUCACGUCUGGGACAUCAACUAUCUUUAUGGAUUCUGGGUUGCGGUCUUUGUUUAUAGCUCCCUUUCAUUGUUGUUCCCUGAACCGGAGACAUUGAUACCCGAGACGGUCUCCGGCGACUCGCUCUGGAAAGACGAGAGCGAGGACGUUAUAGAGGCAUACAAUCCUGCGACCGAUACAUACGAGGAGGCUAGCUCUACUGAGAAGAUUCCUGUGUAUGCAGAGAAGGAGGAGCCUAAAGCGUUUUAGAUUGCUGAUUGACUCCUGAUUUUUGCUAUUUUUAAGAUCCUCGCCUGAAUGUCUGUUUUAGUUUGUGUUUAUAAUGUGAUACAUGCUGAGUAAAUGCAUGACACAUAAUAUUGUUUAGCUUAUUUGCUGACAAGGAAACAAUAAUAAUAGAUUUA